UUCAUUACUCCACCCACCCAGGAGUAUUACACGGCACCUGUUUGAAAUCGCUUAUUGCUUGGUGAACGCAGGUGUGUUUACUGGGACGUGUCGUGAGUCAAAUAAGUUUGAAUUCAAAUUUCAGGAAAACCGAAUGUAAAACACACAGCAUGUUUUCGACAAGGAAGGAAGCUGAAAAGCCUAUAUGACGCACACGCACAGGAUUGUGGGAAAUCGAAGACAGCGAAGGAUACAUCUAUGCUGCCUUCAAAAUUUGAUCAGAAGAAGGUACCUCCAGAGACAGGAAAUGAAGCAGAAUUUGAAUUCGGACGUGCCUUGGUGCCUUCCUGCCUUGGAAUGCUGCCUCUGAAGGCAGCAUAUAAGAGCCUUCGGACGCAGCCGUUAACUGAGGACAUGCGCAUACACGCAAAUAACUUAACCUGGCUUUACGAAACAAAAAAACAAAAAAACAAACAUGUUUUUCGCAUUAUUUGAAAAUGGUAAAAUCUGGACUGUGUUGUUGUUGUUUUUUUCGGUUUUCAUGUAUUUCACGUUUCCGGGAGACUUUUAAUGUUAAGCCAAGACACGCCCACGUUAUUUUGUGGCAUUUGUUUCAAUGUAAUAAUUUGAGUACAUUAUAUUAAGUUUAUUUUGUUUUUUUGCAACACGAUGUGUAUGGGCUUGUUAAGCGAUGAUGUAAUGCGUCCAUUGAACGCACCAAGGAACGCUGUUUCUGGGAAUUUAUGUUUUGAGAGAAAAGUAUGUUUAUUGUUAUGUGAUCUGCUUAUUUAUUUUAUUUUUUGUAAUCAUUUAUUCAUGUACUUAUUAUUUAUAUCUCUCUUUUUUUUUUUUUUUUUAAUUCUUUUAAAUUGUAAUUUGCUAUUGUUUGGCCUUCUCUGAACCCCUGGCUCUUUUCCUUGGCAUCUGUUUUCUCACAUUUGUAUUUUCUAAGCAAAUGUUUAAAACAAAACAAAAAAAUGCUGUUUCCGGGUCCAAACCCCAACUCAUUUCACUUGAGAAUACUAUCUUAGCAGCCAUUUAUGAGCACUGUUUAUUCAUAUUAAACAUUUAAGCUAAACGUUUUCAAAUUUACGGUGUUCACUACAGUCUCCAUGCUCACAGCAUCCCAAACACAAAUAAUUUUUAUAUUUAUUUAUUUAGAUUUAUAUUUUCAUUGUAUGGCUAUCUGGGAUUUCGGUAUGGAGUUAAAGGGUUGGAUUAUAAUUUUUUGGUAGUAUUUUAUCACAUUGUGAGUGUAUAAUUAGUAACGUUUGUUGUUUUCUCAUGUCAUCUAAUAAAGCGUUUGGACCCGGAAGUCAAGGAAGAGGUGACGCUUGAUGUCAGACUUAACAAGUGAAUAGGCCUAGGCAGAUUUUUUGUAAAACUAUGUGUGUGGCUUAUUUACAUUUUGAGGUCCAGUAACUUUCUCUGGAGGGAGAACAAAUCAGCGCUGCCUCUAAAAUUAGCCUCAAUCAGGACAGAGAGGAAAGGGACACUGUCUCUAAAAUGAAGAAAAGAGAGCAUGGAGGUGCUGUUCAAAGAGAGACAGCAUCUCCAGAACCCAGCUGUGUGUCUUUUAACAGUAACAAAUCCUUGACUCGAAAUCCCCCUGAUCUCAGAGAAGCAGUGACCUCAGACCCCGUCAAUGCAGGAAGAGAUGAUCAGACUGGAGACAUGCAACAUGAUUCACACCAGCCAAUGGAUAAUGUCCUGCAGAAAAUCAGAGAGACUCACAAAACCAGUAUGAAGAGAAAUUAUGAGACCUUAUUUGAAGGAAUCAAACUACAAGAGAAUCAAACCUCUCUGCACAGGAUUUACACACAGGUCUACAUCAUAGAGGGAGAGAGUGAAGGGGUGAAUGAAGAACAUGAGGUUUCAAAUAUGGAGAAGACGCCCAGAACACAACACUUACAAGACACUCCAAUCAACUGCAAUGAUAUCUUUGAUCUCUUGCUUGAACCAGGAUAUAAGAUAAAGAAAAGAAAGAGGAAUGAAGAAAUAAAGACUGUUCUUACUAAAGGGAUUGCUGGAAUUGGGAAAACAGUCUCUGUGCAAAAGUUCAUUCUGGACUGGGCCGAAGGAAAAGCCAAUCAGGAUGUCGAUUUCAUGUUUGUGUUUUCAUUUCGAGUGCUGAACUUGAUUAAAGGUGAGCAGUACAGUCUUCACAGACUUCUGCUUGACUUUCAUCCUGAACUUCAAGAUCUGGACUCAAAAAUGUAUGAGGAGUAUAAAAUUGUGUUUAUCUUUGAUGGUCUGGAUGAAAGCAGAAUUAGACUGUUUUCAGACAGUCAGAAAGUUUCUGAUGUGACUGAGGUUUCAUCAGUCGGCGUGUUGAUGACAAACCUCAUCACAGGACAGCUGCUUCCAUCUGCUCUCAUCUGGAUCACCUCCAGACCAGCAGCAGCCAAUCAGAUCCCCUCUAAAUACAUCAAGCGUCUGACAGAAAUUCAGGGAUUCACUGACCCUCAGAAGGAGGAAUAUUUCAGGAAGAGAAUCAGUGAUCAGCAUCAGGCUAGCAGAAUCAUCUCACACAUUAGAGGAGCAAGGAGCCUCCACAUUAUGUGCCACAUACCAGUCUUCUGCUGGAUCUCAGCCACUGUGCUUCAAAACAUCCUCAAACAAGACCACAAGGCAGAAAUCCCUAAAACUCUGACUGAAAUGUACAUCCACUUCCUGAUUAUUCAGAUCAACAUGAGAAAUCAGAAGUAUGAUGAGAGAGAUCCAGAAAAACUCCUGAAGUCCAAUAGAGAAGUGAUUGUGAAACUUGCUGAACUGGCUUUCAAACAGCUAAUGAAUGGUAAUGUCAUGUUCUACAAGGAGGACCUUAGAGAAUGCGGCAUAGAUGUCACUGAGGCCUCAGUGUAUUCUGGAAUUUGCACAGAGAUCUUUAAGGAGGAAUCUGUCAUUCAUCAGAGGAAAGUCUACUGCUUUGUACACCUGAGCUUUCAGGAGUUUCUGGCUGCUUUCUAUGUGUUUUACUUCUAUGUAAGUAGUGCUACAGAAACACUGUUUGAUUCACUGCAUGAUCUGCAUAAAAGAGUAGUGAAAAAAGCUCUGUUGAGCAAGAGUGGAGGCAUGGAUCUUUUCCUGCGAUUCCUGCUGGGCAUCUCGCUAGAAUCCUGUCAGAUACUCUUACAAGAUCUACUGACACGCACAGAGAACAGCACAGAGACCAUCAGAAAAACCACACAGUACAUCAAAAACAAAAUCAUAAGUGACAAAUAUAUCUCAGCUGACAGAUCCAUUAAUCUGUUUCUCUGUCUGCUUGAAGUAAAUGAUCAGACUCUGUUCAGAGAGAUUCAGGAGUUUCUGAAAUCAGAGAAACCCUCAGAGAAACUCUCUGCUUCUCACUGCUCAGCAAUAGCCUACAUGCUUCAGGUAUCAGAAGAGGUGCUGGAUGAGCUGGACUUAAAGAAAUACAACACAACAGAGGAGGGCAGAAGGAGACUUAUACCAGCUGUGAUCAACUGCAAAAAGGCUCUUCUGGCUGGGUGUAAUCUUACUGAUUACUGGUAUAAAAUAGUAGUCUCAGCUCUUCAAUCAUCAGACUCUCCCCUGAGAGAGUUGGACCUAAGUAACAAUGAUCUGCAAGAUUCACAAGUGAAACUGCUCUCUGAAGGACUCAAGAGUCCAAACUGCAGACUGGAAAUACUAAGAUUAUCUGGCUGUAUGGUGACAGAGGAAGGCUGUCGUUAUCUGGCUUCAGCUCUGUGUUUAAACUCCUCACACCUGAGAGAGCUGGAUCUGAGCUACAAUCACCCAGGAGACUCAGGAGCGAAGAUCCUCUCUGAGAGACUGAAGGACCCCAACUGUAGACUGGAGAUACUCAAUUUAGAUCAUGGAGGACAUUUGAGGAUCAUACCAGGACUGGAAAAAUAUGUAUGCAAUCUUACACUGGAUCCAAACACAGCACACAAUCGUCUCUCUCUGACUGAGGGAAACAAAAAGGUGAUAGAUGUGAAAAAAGGCCAGUCAUAUCCUGAUCAUCCAGAAAGAUUUGAGAACUACGAGCAGGUUUUGUGCAGAGAGAGUCUGAAUGGACGUUGUUACUGGGAGGCUGAAUGGAGCGGGUGGACAUAUAUAGCAGUAACAUAUAAAGGAAUCAGCAGGAAAGGAGGAAGCGAAUGCAGAUUUGGACGCAAUGGAAAGUCAUGGAGUCUUUUUUGUACUUUUGACAGAUUCAGUGCUUGGCACAAUAAUAACAGCACAGACGUAUCUGUCCCUUCACGCCUGUCUCAGAGAGUAGGAGUAUAUCUGGACUGGUCAGCUGGCACACUGUCCUUCUACAGUGUCUCUGAUACACACACACUCACACACUUACACACAUUUAACACCACGUUCACUGAACCCGUCUAUGCUGGGUUUGCAGUAUUUGACUCCUCUGUAUCCCUAUUUCAUAUUUAAAAGAGGUCGGGGGUUGGGGUGUCAGUGCACAGACAGAGUCUCACAGACCUGAACUGAACUGAGCUGUCCUUUGCAUCCUCCUGCACCUGAAUGAACAAAUACAUCUGACCAGUUUAAACAUAUAAACACAAAAAAAAUGUGAAAGAGCCCAUGUUAUGUCAAAAUAUCCAUCUUGGUCGGUGCCAUUAGCCUCGCGGUUAGUACGCCGACAUACAGUGCAAUUACGCUCACGGCAACCCGAGUUCGAAUCCCGGCUAGUGGUCCUUUGCCAAUCACACUCCCCUCUCUCUUCACCCAAUGCUUUCCUGUCUUAUGUACACUGUCCUGUUCAAAUAAAGGCAUAAAAAAGCCCAAAAAUAAAUCUUAAAAAAAAUAUGUAUAUAUAUAUAUCCAUCUUGGUGAGUAUCCUCAAAAACACUGUUGUUAUGUUUAAAGUGAAUGUAAACAGUUAAGAAAGAUGUUAAGAAUUAGAUGUGUAUCAUUUUAUUGGAUGCAUUGUCUGUUGUCGGUGCCCUUAAUGUCCAAAAUCCAAGAAAAUAAAAGAGAAAAUCACU